CUGAGAUAUAAUAAUUGGAUCAACUAAAAAUGCACUUGGUCUUUCUAUGGGCAUGGAUGAUCUCUAUCGCAAUUGGAAUGUUCCAGAUGGGAUAUUGAAGUGCCAUGUUCUCAUCCUUCUUAGAUAUCCUACAUACCCAGCUAGGAGAAGCUGGACGAGCUGUAAUAGGGGAUUCAGAAAAUUUUAACUCGGUCAUGACCACUGCUAUUCCUUUAGGAGCAGUCUUUGGAUCCUUGACUGGUGGAUGUCUCGUCUCUUAUGGAAGAAGAAAAGCUAUUAUUUGGAUCAAUGUAGUGCUAUGAUUUGGAACAGCACUUUCAAUGAUCUUCAACUUCUUUACUAUCUUGAUAGGGAGGAUUAUUGUAGGGUUUUGAGUAGGAGUGCUUACUGUCGUUUGACCAAUGUUUCUCUCAGAGACUUCUUUGGUAAAACUAGCUGGACCUAUCGGUGGGCUUAAUCAAGUGAUGGUGACUGUUGGGAUAAUGGUAGGGUACUUCUUUGGAUUUCUAGCUCCUCUAAAACUAGACUUAGAAAACAAUCCUAACCCUACUGUUAAAACAACAAAUUCUUGGAGAUUUGUUUUCAUGAUUCCAGCAUUUGUUGCUAUUAUCCAAUCACUUUUGCUGAUAAUAGUAUUUACAGAUGAUACUCCUAAAUACUAUCGACUGAUCGGAAAAGAAAGGCAUGCUCGGAGAAUUGAGUUGCUGACAAACCCGGACUUUAAUGAACGAGACCUUAUCCUCACUAAGGAGGUAAGAUCACAAGAACAGAAAGUUUCCAUUUGAAAAUAACUUUGAUCCUUAUCACAGAAAAGCAUUUAUUAUUGGAUGAGUUUUAGCGGUUUUCCAACAACUUACAGGAAUCAAUGUUGUUAUACUAUAUUCAGCAAAGUACAUUGAAUUUGGACAGGAAAAUGAGACUCAUGAUGUACUCGUUUUGGCUAGGAUGGGAACCACUAUCAUUGGAGUCAUCAAUUGUAUCUCUGCUAUUGCAGCCAUUUUUCUUUUAGCAAAAUUUGGAAGGAAGCCUUUGAUGAUUAUCAGCAACAUCGGAAUGUGCUUCUGCCUGAUUGCACUUGCUGUUUGGCCUAAGUCUCAGAACUCCUCUUACCUCAUCGCAUUCGCAAUUGUAUUCAUUAUCUUCUUCGAAAUAGGGAUGGGAUCAGCUAUUUUUAUGUAUGCUACAGAAAUCAUGACUGAAUUCGGAAUUUCAAUUGCCCUAUCAAUAACAUGGAUUUUGACAACUCUUGUUUCUCUUCUAACAUUCAAAACCCUAGGGUAUUUUAAUCAGAGAGAUCUCUACUUUAUCUUCCUAGGCAUUAACCUCCUAGGGUUGCUGUUCUUGAUAUUUUUCAUAAAAGAGACAAAGGGUGAAUCUAAAGAGUCUCUCAAAUAUCUCUACUCCAAAGUACCAUAUGAAGAGAUCUUGACUGCAAAAUUAAAUGCAACAGAGUCAACUAGCCCAUUUAUCUAA